UAUAAAUAAGACCCAGCCAUCUUCCCCCUACCAGCCAUCCUCAAGGGUGACACGAGUGGACGCUAGGACCGUAGUAAUAACACCUGGCAAGUAAAGUUGUCACCAUGGUUCACGAAACUGCAUACUACGAUCUCCUGGGUGUCAGCCCCAAAUCUUCUGCGGAUGAGCUCAAAAAAGCCUACAGAAAACUCGCAUUGAAAUUUCACCCCGACAAGAACCCCGAUGAAGGAGAGAAGUUCAAACUUAUAUCUCAAGCAUAUGAGGUGCUGUCAGAUCCAAAGAAAAGGGAUCUGUAUGACCAAGGAGGGGAACAAGCAAUCAAAGAGGGCGGCAUGGGUGGAGGAGCCCCGAUGGACAUUUUCAACAUGUUCUUUGGAGGUGGAGGAAGGAUGCAGAGAGAGAGAAGAGGGAAGAAUGUUGUCCACCAGCUUAGUGUUUCACUGGAGGAGAUGUACAAUGGCACCACCAGGAAGCUUGCACUCCAGAAGAAUGUAAUUUGUGAGAAGUGUGAUGGGUAUGGAGGUAAGAAAGGUACUUUGGAGAAGUGCUCAACUUGUAAAGGAAGAGGAGUACAGAUCAAGGUGCAACAGAUUGGGCCAGGCAUGAUCCAGCAGGUCCAAAGCAUGUGUGGAGACUGCCUGGGACAGGGAGAGUCAUUCAGCUCAAACGACCGCUGCAAGAACUGUAAUGGACACAAAGUAGAACGCAAGAAGAAAAUUAUUGAAGUUCACAUUGACAAAGGUAUGAAAGAUGGUCAGAAAAUUACAUUCAAUGGAGAAGGGGACCAGGAACCUGGACUGGAACCUGGAGAUGUGUACAUUGUGCUGGAUCAGAAGGAGCACUCCGUUUUCCAGAGACAAGAUGAUAAUUUGAUAAUGAAGAUGAGCAUCAAACUUGUCGAGGCCCUGUGUGGUUUCAAGAAGACCGUUCAGACGUUAGACAACAGGACGAUCGUUAUUACCUCCCAGCCAGGUGAAGUAAUCAAGCCUGACGACGUUAAAUGUGUGCAGAAUGAAGGCAUGCCAAUUUACAGGGAUCCUUACGAUAGGGGACAACUUAUCAUUCAGUUUGAGGUGGAAUUUCCAGAAAAAGACUGGCUCCCAGAGCAUCUUAUGUACCAGCUGGAAAGACUGCUUCCUCCCAGGGAGGAUGUGACGAUUACUGAUGAAAUGGAGGAGGUGGACCUCUGUGAGGUGGAUGUGCGGAAACAGCAGAAAAACUCCAACAGGGAAGCAUAUGAGGAAGACGAGGAGGGUUCCAGGGGCGGAGUACAGUGUCAGACACAGUGAUUGUAGUGUAUGAUACAAAGGUUUGACCAAUGACUUUUAAAGUCCUGUUUUUCACAUGGUAAUGUACUGCGUUUAGUUUGUAACAGUUGCCAGUGUUGUUUUUGUGUGUCUAUUCUUGGAACAUGAAUAUGCAAGUGGAGUACUCAUUUCUCAUGUCAUGAUGUUGUGCUCCCAGUUAUCAAAACAGUAUUUUGGUGUUCUCUAUUUAAGAUUUAUGUAUUUUAUAUGUAUGCGUUUCCUAAGAAAUCAAAGGGCACUUUUCCACUACACAGUUCCAGCACGACACGACUCGUUUUUUUUGCGUUUUCCACUAGGGAUAGUACCUGGUACCUGGUACUUUUUUAGUACCUGCUCUGGUGAGGUUCCGAGCCGAUACUAAAUGUGACAUCAACAGACUGCCAGCCACUGAUUGGUCAGAAGAGUUGUCACUGGAAGAGUCAUGAGCCAUAUGGCUCAAUUUUCUUGCCUUGUGUGUGACAAAAAGCCAUAUACAGCAGCAAGUACACCACUGCCUCAGUGUCCUCCAUUGUUUGUGUUUUUUGUCGCGUAUAAAACGAAGUCACGGCAGUUUCGGAGCCGUGCUAUUACGACCCCGCCCACUUUGAGUAGGUACUUUUUUGUAAUGGAAAAGGUCGUUCCUGGAACUAUGUCGAGCGGAGCAGUGCUAGAACUGUAUAGUGGAAAAGCGCCAUAAGACACAAACAAAUUCAUCCACAAACUGAAAUGACUACUCGUAUGCUUUCUGUGAAGGUAAUUUCAGUCAUGACAAACG